AGAAUUUUGCACAUGGCGAUUGGCGAGUCUCUUUUUUUCACAUUUGUAGUCCGGCUUUGAGAAUCAACAAGAAAAACCCUUCCCGCGCUUGGAAAGUCGGAAGUCUGAACUUUAGGGUUUAAUUAGCUGCUUAUCACACCAUCGCUGACAGAGAUCUCUUACGAAUUUCGUCCUUUGCAGCAAUGGAAGUGCAAAUGGAAGCCUCCCCAAUCAGCUUUGAUCCCGAAGAUCUCAGUAUCAGACAGCGUUUCCGUCGAUACGGAAAAAAGCACUCUCCUUCAAGUUUAGCCACUCGCCCAGCAAAAUCAGCAACUAGGUUAUCAGAGAUUAGGUCAAAUUCGGCUGUUUUAAUGGAAAGUAUCAGACACGAAGUUGAAAGCAUUGAUAAUGACAGAACAACACCUCUAAAAAUGCAACAUGAUCCAAAAUGGAGAUCUUCCCCUGAGAGUCAUGGAGUUUCUAGGGUUGAUGUCUCUAGCCAAAGUGGAAACCUAUCCAUUACAACAUGCAAGCAAGAGCAUGAGGCAGUGGAAGAUAACGAGGGAACAACCUUUUAUUUAUUUGCUUCUCUACUGGACUCAGCUCUUAAAGGGUCAAUGUCGUUACCUGAAUUGGUAUUACAAUUUGAGAGUUCUUGCCGUAAUGUUUCAGAGUCAAUUAGAUUUGGCUCUAGUGAACAUCAUACAAUUGGGGAGGACAAAUUGAUGAAGCAAAGAUCAAAAUUGUUGCUUGAUGAGGCUGCAUCAUGGUCUCUCUUGUGGUACCUUUAUGGAAAAGGAAAUGACGAGCUCCCUAAUGAUCUAAUUAUGUUCCCAACUACUUCACAUUUGGAGGCUUGCCAGUUUGUUAAUGGAAAUCUUACUGCACAGCUCUGCCUUCGGAUAGUUCAAUGGCUUGAAGGGUUAGCGUCAAAAGCCCUUGAUUUUGAAAAUAAGGUGCGAGGAUCUCAUGUAGGUACUUAUCUUCCAAAUUCUGGAGUUUGGCAGCAGACUCAGCGUUUCAUAAAGAAAGGUUCAUUGAAUGCAAAGACCAUUAGUCAUCUAGAUUUUGAUGCCCCAACACGGGAACAUGCCCAACCAUUACCUGAUGACAAGAAGCAAGAUGAAUCACUUCUAGAAGAUGUUUGGACCUUUCUAAGGGCUGGCAGACUAGAAGAAGCAUGCAAUCUCUGUCGUUCUGCUGGGCAGCCUUGGAGGGCAGCAACUUUAUCUCCAUUCGGAAGGUUGGAUCAGAAACCCUCAAUUGAAGCCUUGAUAAAAAAUGGAAAGACUAGGGCUCUGCAAGCCAUUGAACUGGAAACUGGCAUUGGUCACCAACGCCGUCUUUGGAAGUGGGCUUGUUAUUGUGCAUCAGAGAGAAUUGCAGAGCAAGAUGGAGGAAAAUAUGAAAUUGCAGUUUAUGCAGCACAAUGCAGUAACUUAAAGCGCAUUCUUCCAAUGUGUACAAAUUGGGAGUCUGCUUGCUGGGCAAUGGCCAAAUCAUGGCUAGAUGUCCUGGUUGAUAUGGAAUUAGCACGCCUGCAGCCAGGUGGAAAUAUUCAGUUUAAUGAAGAAGCUCUUGACCAAAGUCUGGAACAAGAAAAUGGUGUUACUCAGUCAGCAAUAGGUCCAGAUAGUUGGCCCCUUCAAGUGAUGAAUCAGCAACCAAGGCAUCUUACUUCAUUGCUUCAGAAACUCCAUUCCAUUGACACUGUGCAUGAGGUUGUUGCUCGAUCUUGCAAAGAGCAGCAUAGACAAAUUGAGAUGAACCUUAUGCUAGGUGACAUUCCUCAUAUGCUAGAUCUUGUAUGGUCAUGGAUUUCACCAGCAGAAUAUGAUGAAACUAUGUUCAGGCCUCAUGGUGAUCCACAGAUGAUGCGGUUUGGUGCACAUCUAGUGCUUGUAAUUCGGUUAUUACUUUUUGAUCAGAUUAAUGAUGACUUCAGAGAGAAAGUAAUGACAGUUGGCGAUCUUAUUCUUCACAUAUAUGCCAUGUUUCUUUUUACAAAUCACCACGAAGAGUUAGUUGGGAUAUAUGCAUCUCAACUUGCUGGUCAUCGUUGCAUCGAUCUUUUUUUGAAUAUGAUGGAGUUGCGUCUUAACAGCAGUACCCAUGUCAGAUAUAAGAUCUUUCUUUCUGCCAUUGAGUAUUUGCCAUUUACUCAUGAAGAUGAUUCAAAAGGCAGUUUUGAAGAAAUCAUCAAAAGGAUUUUAUCAAGGUCUCGGGAAACCAAAGACAAAGAGUAUGAUAGCCUAAAUGAUGUUGCAGAGCAACACCGCCUGCAGAGUCUUCAAAAGGCUAUGGUUGUUCAGUGGCUUUGCUUUACACCCCCUCCUUCCAUCAAAUCAGCAAAAGAAAUCAGUGCCAAACUACUUCUUCGGGCAUUGAGGCAUAGCAACAUGCUUUUCCGGGAGUUUGCUCUUAUUUCAAUGUGGAGAGUUCCAGCAAUGCCCAUCGGAGCACACACACUACUCAGUUUACUUGCUGAGCCUUUGAAAUUCCUAACAGAAACUACUCCUUCCACUGGUGAUCUUGAAGUUUCCCUGAAUCUCAGGGAAUUCCAGGACUGGAAUGAGUACUACUCUUGUGAUGCCACAUAUCGGAACUGGCUACAAAUUGAACUAGAGAAUGCAGAAAUUUCUCCUCUUGAACUAUCAGAUGAGGAAAAACACAGGGCAGCUGCAGCCGCUAAGGAGGCACUACAGGCUUCAUUGUUACUGGUUCAAAGAGAAGAAUAUUCUUGGAUGAUUCCAACUCAAGAUCACAUCAUUAACGAGUCAGAGGAAACACUGUUCUUGGAACUGCAUGCCAUUGCAAUGCUGUGUUUACCUACUGGGGAGUGUAUGACUCCGGAUUCCACCUUGUGUGCAACAUUGAUGAGCGCACUCUAUUCUUCAGUGAAUGACAAAGAAGUGCUAGACCGUCAGUUAAUGGUGAAUGUAUAUGUUUCUUCCAAGGACAAAUACUGCAUUGAAGUUGUAUUACGCUGCUUGGCAGUAGAGGGUGAUGGGCUUGGGCACCCUGAACUUCACAAUGGUGGCAUUCUCGCUACUGUGCUUGCAGCUGGCUUCAAAGGCGAGAUGCUUCGUUUUCAAGCAGGGGUAACGAUGGAAAUAUCAAAAUUAGAUGCAUGGUAUUCUAGAAAUGACGGUGCUAUAGGAAGCCCAGCCACAUACAUAGUGAGGGGUCUCUGUCGCAGGUGUUGCAUUCCCGAACUAAUUCUUCGGUGUAUGCAGGUUUCAGCCUCACUUGUGGAGUAUGGCCAGCCACCUGAAAAACACGAUGAGUUCAUUGACCUAAUCACCAAUCCGGAAGCCGGAUAUCUUCACCUGUUUAGUCAGCAUCAAUUGCAGGAGUUUUUAUUGUUUGAAAGGGAGUAUGAGAUUCACAAGAUGGAGCUUAGGGAAUCUCUGGUGGACAUUGGAUCUCAAGUAGAGUUAGGAUUGGACUAGUGUGUCAUAUUAAUGUUGUAUUUUGUUUUUCUAUUAGAUAGGGUGAUCGGAAGUUGCAUCUUUUUAUUGGGAUAGAAAUUAAAGCUAAGAUUUAUUCUCUUGAGUAUGAUUCGAAACAUUGUAUGAGUAUUUAUUAAGUGCAUCCCCAUAUUCAUAGCCCUUCAGAACUGGGUGUUUUUUUUUUCUUGGAAGAAAAAAAAAACUAGAGCGGGCAAACAAGACUUCCAUUGAUUCAUUCACAGCCCUGACAUGGCUUCUAGUGAUGUGCUUGAGUGGGGCAGCCAGAAAUUGCCUAGUCAGCUCAACAAAAUAUGCAUGUAUUCCUGAAUUAAAUGACAUGUGCACUA